AUGCCCGGCGAUGCCUUGAGUUCUUCCCAGUCCCCCGACGAUGCACAGUCUCCUCGCAACCCCACCUCUCCUUGUCUCGGUGUUGGUUCCUCUGAGUCUUCUGGAAGCAACGGUACAACUGGCACCCACCGUGGGGCUCGAGGGGGUGCAUCAGGUGAAGAACGAGUGACGGCGGUUAUCCAUACCAGAAGUCAGCAACGUCAGUCUCCAGACGAUGACAAUGACAAUGACAAUGACAAUCAAGUCAUUCACCAAGUUACCGUACCGCUUGGGGUUCCCAGCCCCCACGUCCCCUCUCGACGAAGGGCUGCAAUUGACGAACUCCUUUUUGAGGUGGAAGGUGUGACAGGGGCCAACAUACAACCACUUCCCUCGGUUGUGCAGGCUCUUCAGGUGGACACCUUCCAUUUGUUGGAAUCCAUCUUGGGUAUUGGCUUCAACCCAUGGAUUUCUCCUUCUUUCGCCCUUAUCGGUCAAGGAGGGGAACCAUUAGGUGUCAAUGUGACAAAAUUCUGUCAGAGUUGGCGCCUGGAAUGCUUGCGAGGUUCCCUUGCAUCUAAAAUGUCUUCGAAUUCGGUUGCCUCAAGGUCCCUAAGUGUUUUAGAUGUUGUCGAGGGCUCGCCUGCUGUAUGGAACUGGUUGGAACGCCUGGACAGGGCUUUCAGUGUCUCCAGAUCAGCUGCCUCCGUUCGACUUCUCGCGUUAGCCUACCUCUGUCCACCUGCUCUGAUAUCAUCUCUUCGCUCUAGCUUGGUGAAGGUCUGUCAAGAUAGUGGUGGUGAUAGACAAGCUGUCAGCAGAUGGAGCUACUGGGUUGGGAAGGAUAUGUCUGAAGCCGCAGUUGAUGUACGUCAGGCGUUCAAAACAGAAUAUAACUCUUACAAUGCUGUUGUCGCGCGCUGGCUAAAGGACGUGUUGGAGGUCAUCAAUGAUAGGGUUCGUCCCAAGAUAUCUCUGGCUCGUACAAUGUCGUCAUGGGCGACCUUAUCGCUCCAAGAAGGCGAGAGUAUCGAGAGUUUCCUCCAACGCGAGAGCGAGUUGUGGCUCUUGCUAGCCAGCCACUCUGCUGCUGCAGAUCAGUCUCCCUUCAAUUGGAAAGAAAGAAGAGAGAGGAUACUAUCCGCAAUACUCGUUGUUCCGUCAUGGAGAAGCUCUAUCGGUCCCUGGAUAUCGGCGUUGAAAACCGCUGACAAUUACUCAACCUUCCGUGAGCUGAUCAAGGAAGCUAAGAAGACCAUCUUGACGCUUAAGGCUCUACCCAAGUCUGAAGCUACGUUGACGUCUGACAAUCCUAUGCACUUUGGUCCACUACCAAGUACGGUCUUCCGAGGCCCGACCUGGAAGCGAUCGGUAGACCCUCAUCUGCCAGAGCCAAUGAGCACAAAGGCGCCAGACUCCGGAGUAGUGUCAGGAGCUUGCCGAUCGGGGCCCAAGGCUGAUAGUACCCAAGGGCGUGGGCCCAGAGGAUGCGAUUCUGCAGUUCCGAAGGUUGAGACUAAGAACGCCCAAUCGACAUCUCGACACCCUCAGCGACCCGUCAACAAGCAGAAGGCGAAAGACCGGUCGGAAGGUCGAUGCUUCAAGUGUCACGUAAAAGGCCACUUGGCUCGAGACUGCCCUAAAGAGGGUGAGGUUGAGAAGACUGGUGGGUCAAAGACGGUCACGAAGAAGGCGCCUGCUGUGAAUGUCACUGCACUGAGUCCAAGGAGGGUGGAGACUGCGUAUGUCGGAGGCGGAGAACCCUUCACUGAUGAUGAGUCCGAAACCUCGGAGCCUGCUCGCUUGUGUGCUUGUGCUGUGGCUAGUCCAUCGCAACACAAGUAUGAUAUCAGCUCCUCUAGAGUUGACGAUCUUGUGUAUGUCUACUUGACGAGCUUCGACGGUCGUAGCUUUAAGGCGCUGGUUGACCCAGGAAGUCAACUUAAUCUUGUUGAAGAGAGUGUUGUCAACGGUGCUGAUGCCUUAGCCCGUUCUGAUACCUCCAGGAAGGACAUGUCUAUCUCGGGCAUCGGCGGCAAGGUCUGUGGUAAACCUGUCACACUGAAAAUCUACGGUCCGGCAUCUAAGAGGGUUCUACGGUUGAAGGGGUACUCAGUCCCCGAGCUGCCUGUUGGAAGUAAGGUGCUCUUGGGCAUGCCGGGGCUCAGGGCGCUCAAAGCUCGGCUUGACCUUGGUAUUGGCGAGAUGAGUCUAUGCGCUUCUGCCCUAGCAAACAACGAUAAGCUCCCCAUGGCUAUCGAGUCGUCCUCUAUCAACAUCACAGCUCAUCUUGAUGUGAUAAGGGAGCACCCUAUUCCCAGACAUAGGGGAUACCCGCUGGCUCCUGAGAAGUUGGAGGUAGCCCACAAGCUGGUAAGAGAGAUGGAAGACAAGGGAUGGAUCAAAAUCAUUGACGACAAGGAUACCUCUCAAUGGUUCUGUCCUACCUUCUUGAAGCUUAAAGGUAAUGGUAAGGUUCGUGUCCUCAAUGAUCUCCGGGAGGUUAAUGCCCGAAUACGGUCUUUUGCGUCGCAGAGCUCCUUCGGUGCAGUCCUAGGUGGGAUACCCCGACAUGCUAAAUCCUUCAUCACACUCGAUAUCAGCAAUGCCUAUCAUAGCGUUCCAGUUGACGUUGAGUCACAGCGCUUUUUGGGAGGGGUACUUGGUGGCAUCCGCUUCAAGUGGCUUGUGUGCCCCCAAGGUCUGAGUAUCAGCCCGUAUUUCUGGGAGUUAUAUCUCUCGUCUAUGUUGAGUGGUAUCGAGUUUCCCCCACAGGUGACCGUGUUAUGGUAUGUUGAUGAUAUUAUAAUUUGUGCGCCCGAUGAUGUAUCCGCCUUAGCGGCUAAGAAGGCCAUCAUCAGUGCACUGGUUAGUGAGAACGUGAUGGUCGCCGAGGAGAAAUGUUGUGGGCCUGCUCGCUCCGUGAACUUCUUGGGAUUGGUUAUUGACGAGCACGGUUGGAAGCCUCAAGAGGAACCUCUAGACCAGUUGAGAAGAUUGCCAAAGCCGAGAAACCGUGGUGAACUUCACUCCUUUCUGGGUGUGGUGAACUAUCUAAGGGGCGUGUACGACCCAUCAGAACUCCAGAAACACCUAGCUCCUCUUCAAGACCUAUUGGUGAAAGGUCGACGUUUCCAGUGGUCGGAGGCUCAUGAUCUAGCUUUCGAAUGGCUACAAACCUCUAUCAAGAACCAGCUUUAUGCUCACCAGCCUGUUUCGUUUGGAACGCAGCUACAGCAAGGUGAAGGAUGGGUUCUUCAGACGGAUGCUUCCGACCUGGGAAUAGCCUGUGUACUGUGGCGUUUCCACUUUGAUAAGGUGGAAGAUGGUACGCAGGUAACUCCCGAGAUUCUGGGGCAAUUUGGUGAUGUUGUGAGUACUUGGAGUCGCAAGCUUCGUGGUUCCGAGAAAAGAUGGGCCAUGUUUGACCUGGAAGGUCUGGCCCUGGUUGAAGGCCUCCGCAGGCUUCGGGCAUAUCUGAGGAUGGAGCAUAUACGGGGCGACAGCAACAACCUGGCAGACAUCUUCUCGCGGGUCCUUGUGGACAUUGGAGACGACGAUGAAACUAGUAUCAAGGGUGAGAUCGAGGUAUGCCCCCCGGUGGUUCUACUUGGUGAGGCUGAGAUAGACAUUGGUUCUGGUUCUCUGCUACUCUGUGAACUGCCUGAUGAUGCCCCAGUUCCUGAGGAGCUUCAGCGCCUAUAUGGUCGAGGCAGAAUAGAAGUGCGUGAACAGAGCAUACUCUAUACCGACAAGAAGGGUCGUAAGCGAUAUUAUGUCCCUAUUAUGUCUCGGCACAAAGUACUCAGCAUUGCGCACGGUGACUUCCACGCGUCAACUGCGAGAAUGAUCGACGACUUGACUCGAUCUCUGUGGUGGCCUGGAAUGCGCCAGGAUGCGACAGACUAUGUCCAAAAAUGUGUUCGCUGCGCUCGCAGUGCUGCUGUCCAGGCAUGUGCUCAUCCGCGGGCUGCUUUGACGGAGGUUAUUGAUUAUGAUAAGGACUCCGCCCGAUUAUGGGAGGCAGUAAGUCUCGACCACGCCGGUCCAUUCGUUGUUGAGACCAGUUUGGAGAAAUCAGGGCGAGUCUACGUUCUCAUAAUGGUGGACAUGAGGAGUGGGUUUUGUGAGAUGAAGAAGGUGCACAGCGUUACUUCUACGGCUACUACAGAUGCCUUUUAUGAAAGUUGGGCGUCUCGGUAUGGUUGGCCAAAGCGUACUCACUGCGAUAAUGCUCCAUGUUUUCGGUCGGCUGCUACUAUCGCCGUGUGGGAGAGAUAUGGUGCCAAAGUGACAUUCAGUCCCCCAUUUUGGCCAAGAGCUAACGGUGUGAGUGAGGCUAUAGUCAAGGAACUGAAGACAGUGAUGAGCAAGACGACGCCAACGACUGAGGCAGAGUUGGAACUUUCUUGUGCUGGGGCGCGAUGUGCUCAUAAUAUGUCCAGAAGCGAUGGGUUACCAAGCUCACCGAUGGAGGUGGCCUUAGGAUACCAGCCACGUACUGCUGCUGGGUCCCUAUGCGACUUCAACGACGGCGAGGAUCCCUUCAAGCGACUGCCUCCUGAUCAAUAUGCCGCUACUGUCGAGAACUACCUCUCCAAGAAAGCUUUAUUGCGUGAGAAAAAGAGAAAGGCGGCUGAUGAUGUGGCCGGGAGAUAUCGACCAAACUCAUUUGGUGUCGUACGAGAGAACGAUUUAGCCUUUGUAGUGAGGCGUGGUUCACGUCGGUCUGGCGCUAUCGGCCCUUACCGUGUUACUAAAAUUCAGGGAAAUAGGGCUUGGGUGGAAGGUCUCAGCGGUCCAGUGGCGCUCGGUCAACUAGUCAAGUAUGCUGGUAACGAGCUCGAUGCUGUCGACGCCACACCUCCUGCCCUGGUGGUUCCCCUCGAUCAACUCGAAGCUGAUGAUUGGGUUGCGUGGGAAACUAGUGAACUUGACGGCCAGGUGGUUAGUCUGGAUAUUGGACGGAUCCAUCGUGUCGAGGGUUCUGUUGAGGAUAAAACCUUCAGAGUUUACCGUGCAAGACGGUUGGCCAGUGGUGAUUUCACGAUGCAUCAUGCUGAUCCCGUGGUGAUCAAGGUGGACGACGUCAUUUUUAGCGGAUCAUGGCUGAAGGUUCCGCUCAGUGAUGAGUCUCUGUCAAGGCUCAGUGCCUUUGGAUACGACUUGGACGCCUGA